AUGAGGCGAAUAAUGGUUACUCUGCAUGGAUCCUGUGUGUUCGACGUCAAUGCGGCAAUUUUGCUGGACAACUACAUCAGGAAAGUCUUGUUGGCGGAUGAAGACUGGCCGAGCGAUUUCGACGACUGGGACCCUCAAGGCAGAGAAUGGGGUUGGUUGGCACAGAGCAGACCGGAGUCGACCUCGCCAUGCGCACAGGAAACAACUAUAACCUUGCUGCCGAAGCUCAUGGCGAAGCAUGGCUUUCGGCAUUUCUUGACCCAUUGGGGAGAGCACAGAUACGAGUUCGAACCCCGUCAUCCGAUAUCCCGGAACCUCGCAAGUAUCGUGUCCCCCAAGAGUGACUACUGCAUGGUGUGUAGCGACUUAAUGUGCUCUGAAUUAACCGCUACUACCCUUCCAUGCGACCAUGUAUACCAUAGAGGGUGCAUUCUGAUAUGGCUUGCUCAAGAUGGACGGUGCCCGAUAUGCAGACGAUUCCCCGAUCACCUUCACGAACUGAGGACGUAUGGAAAUGACUCUGCCAAGUUCGGCAGAUUCCAGGAAGCUGUCAAAUUCUACUCCGAGUGUUUAUUUCGCCUUGACAGCCUUGCCGACGACUCUGAAUUACGCAUUGCCCUACACUCGAAUAUGGCGCUCAUGUACCUUCGACUGAAACUUUGGAAUGAGGCGAAAUGGUCGGCCUUGCAGGCAUUAAAGGUGCCUGCCAUCAAACCAGUGCAGACGGCCAAGGCAAAAUAUAGGCUCGGCCUGGCAGAAGCGGGGCUGGAGAAGUGGGAAUCGGCACAGCACAUCUUAGAGGAAGCCAGCCUCUAUGCCCCAGCUGAUCGAUGCAUUUCAAAAGCUCUCGCGGAGGUGAAAUGCAAGGCUAAGGGCUGUUCAUGA